CCGCAGUCCCUGCUUCAAAAUUUAAUUUAUUUAAAAUUCAAAUAAAUCCCAAAAGGCCAAACCAUACCACCCUCCCUCUCCAAAAUACUGCGUCUGUUUCUCUGUUUACCUUCUUUUCCACUUUCAUGCACCAAACGCCACUUCUUCACCCAUGCCUCGAUCUCAGAUUGGACACUUGGUUGCUGUAAAUAAGAAUCUCGAAGAGGUGGCUUCACUCCCUAAGCUCCCCCUCUUUCACGGCCCUAAUUUCAUCGGCCGGAACGAUGUUUCCGUUCCCGAUAAGAGACUCAGCCGCAAACACAUUGCUUUAACCACCUCCCCUGACGGCUCCGCCGAUUUACUCGUCGAAGGGACUAACCCAGUGGUCAUUAGGUCCGGCGAGGUGAGAAAGAAGCUCGUUUCCCGCGAGAAAACAGCUAUUAACAAUGGUGAUAUCAUAGAGCUGAUUCCAGGUAAUCACUUGUUCAAAUAUGUAUCAGCUUCAACUGGUGAAAAAAAGAGAAAUUUUAGUGAAGCUAAUAGCAAUGAACAAAGCCCGAAACUUUCUGGAAAGAAAAUACGAAAUCAAGGUCCCAAAAAUGAAGAAAAUUCAGCUGACAAAUUGAAGGCAGAGGACAAAAACAGUAAUCAAGAGCAAAACUCUGUCGAGGCGAUUCGGGGUUUUUGCGUUUCGAAUGAUAAGUUGCCGCAUACAUUUCGAUUAUUGAAAGUUCAAGGCUUGCCAACAUGGGCAAAUACUAAUUCUGUUUCUAUAGGGGAUGUGAUUGAGGGUGAUGUUCUACUCGCAGUCCUCUCAAAUUAUAUGGUAGAUAUUGAUUGGUUAAUAUCAGCAUGUCCGAAACUUGCAAAAAUUCCCAAUGUAUUGGUUAUUCAUGGAGAAGGUGAUAGCAGGCUGGAUCUUAUGAAGAGAAGCAAGCCUACCAAUUGGAUUCUGCACAAGCCGCCCUUACCUAUUUCAUUUGGGACACACCAUUCGAAGGCGAUGGUCCUUGUGUAUCCUCAAGGAGUGAGAGUUAUUGUUCAUACAGCAAACUUAAUAUACGUUGACUGGAAUAAUAAAAGUCAAGGUUUAUGGAUGCAAGAUUUCCCUUGGAAAGAUCAAAGUAACUCUACGAAAGGAUGUGGAUUUGAAAAUGACUUGGUUGACUAUCUCAGCACACUGAAGUGGCCCGAGUUCACUGCUAAUUUACCGUCUCUGGGAAACUUCAACAUCAAUUCCGCCUUCUUCAAGAAGUUCGAUUUCAGUGAGGCAAAGGUUCGACUAAUUGCAUCCGUCCCUGGAUAUCAUACGGGUUCCAAUCUGAAAAAAUGGGGCCAUAUGAAGCUGCGAACUGUUCUCCAAGACUCUGUUUUUGAUAAAGAGUUUCAGAGAUCUCCUCUAGUUUAUCAGUUCUCCUCCCUCGGUUCAUUGGAUGAGAAAUGGAUGGCUGAGCUAGCAUCGUCAAUGUCAUCAGGCUAUUCAGAAGAUAAAACACCCCUCGGUAUAGGGGAGUCGUUAAUAAUAUGGCCCACUGUUGAAGAUGUCCGAUGCUCCUUAGAGGGUUAUGCAGCUGGAAAUGCAAUUCCGAGUCCACUUAAGAAUGUCGAAAAAGGAUUCUUGAAGAAGUAUUGGGCAAAGUGGAAGGCCAGCCAUACCGGGCGCUGUCGUGCAAUGCCGCAUAUCAAGACAUAUACACGCUACAAGGGACAAAAUCUGGCUUGGUUCUUACUAACUUCAGCAAACCUUAGCAAAGCUGCCUGGGGCGCCCUUCAGAAGAACAAUUCUCAGUUGAUGAUCCGUUCUUACGAGCUGGGUGUGCUAUUUUUACCAUCUCGUAUCAAAGUAGACGGUCCCAGUCGUGAAUUUUCCUGCACUGAUAAGGCAGGUUCAUCAAAGGGUACCGGUAAAUCAAAGUCACCCGGAAAUCCCAUACCAGCAAUGACGAAGCUAGUUACACUUGCUUGGCAAGGAAGCAAGACAUCCGAAGUAAUUCAAUUGCCUGUACCAUACGAACUCCCUCCUGAACCAUAUUCAUCCCAAGAUAUUCCAUGGUCAUGGGACCGGCGAUACAGUAAGAAGGAUGUUUACGGUCAAGUUUGGCCUCGAUAAGUUCAACAGUAGUGCUGUUUAAAUGAAUCAUCAUCUUCAUUGUUGAUUUCUUUUAGAUUUUUGCCCAUAUGGAUUUUGUAUAGUGUAGGGCUAAACAAAAACCAAGAAAAUUGAAAACUGUAGUUUCAUUUGGUUUUGGUUCGGUUA